AUGGAGGCGAAUCACAGCACCCGGAAUCAUUUAACGGGAAGAGCAUACAGCUCUCACUACUUCACUCUUUUGAAAAUCCGCGAGCAGCUCCCUAUUUCUGCGGCCAAGUCGCGUAUUCAAAAGCUGGUGAGUCAGUAUCAGACGCUACUUCUUGUUGGAGAAACAGGGAGUGGAAAGACCACUCAGGUUCCUCAGUACAUUUUGGAGCUCAAACCGGAGCGUAGAAUUGCUUGCACGCAACCUCGGCGUGUUGCUGCAACAAGUGUGAGUGAGCGUGUCGCUGAAGAGAUGGAUGUUGAGCUCGGCGAGGAGGUAGGCUACUCUAUUCGCUUUGAUGACAAGUGUUCUGAGAAAACACGCCUGAAAUACCUGACAGAUGGUAUGCUUCUGCGUGAGGCGAUGGUGGACCCGCUGUUGAGCUCCUACAGUGUAAUUGUUCUUGAUGAAGCUCACGAACGCACUGUGUCCACCGAUAUCUUGAUUGGCACCUUGAAGGAGCUUCUUCCAAAGCGGCCGGAUCUUCGGGUUGUAGUGAUGUCUGCGACCCUCGAAGAAAAGCGCUUUCAAGAGUAUUUUCCCAAGGCACCGCUUGUUCAUAUUUCUGGCCGUAUGUAUGGAGUUGAGGUAUACUACUCAAAGGCGCCAGAAGCUAACUACGUAGAAGCGGCCAUUCGCACAGCAACACAGAUUCAUCUUUAUGAAGGCGAGGGAGACAUUCUUAUAUUUUUGACCGGUGAAGAUGAAAUCGAGACAACUGUGGAACGCCUGCAAAAUGGUAUCCGGAUGGCAGAGCACAGCAGCGCCAACUGCCAUCACGGCCCCGUUGUAGUAUUGCCCUUGUACUCUGCUCUACCACCGUCACAACAGCGAAAGGUGUUUAAGACAGCUCCAGAGGGAACGCGGAAAAUAGUUGUGGCCACAAAUGUGGCCGAAACUUCAUUGACAAUUGCCGGGGUUGUUUUUGUGGUUGACUGCGGUUUCUCAAAGCAAAAGGUUUUCAAUCCGAAGCUUCGAGUCGAGUCGCUACUCGUAACUCCAAUUAGCCAGGCGAGUGCUCGGCAGCGCUGCGGUCGUGCUGGACGUACUAAGCCGGGAAAAUGCUUUCGGCUGUAUACGGCAAAAUCUUUUCACUCAGCCUUACAGCCCAAUACGUACCCUGAAAUUCUUCGUUGCAACCUCGGCAGCAUUGUUUUGCAUAUGAAAAAAAUGGGGAUCGAAGAUUUGGUCAACUUCGACUUUGUUGAGCCGCCUGCACCCGAGACGCUGAUGCGCGCGUUAGAGUUGCUCAAUUUCCUUGGCGCACUGGACGACGAUGGCAAUCUUACAAAGGAGGGGAGCUUGAUGUCAGAGUUUCCUGUAGAUCCAGAAAUGGCAUCGAUGCUUUUUCACAGCCCUAAGUUCGGGUCUUCUGAGGAUAUUGCACGAAUUUCUGCCAUGCUGUCAGUGCAAAAUCCAUUCAUCACACCCUCAAAUGACCAGCGAGGCCGUGCGAUGCGGUGCCGCGAACAGUUCUAUCAUCCAACAGGAGAUCACAUUGCGUAUCUGAACGCUUUCAAUGCUUUCUACGAGGUGAACAAUCAAAGCACCUCUUGGUGCACAGAGAACUAUAUCAAUCCUCGUGUGAUGAAGCAGGCAGUGAAUAUUUACCGUCAACUUGUCGGAAUUUUGCGCCGCCUGAAUUUGCCUAUUAACAGCACGUAUACUGCACAACAGCGGCACGUGCAGCAUGAGGAUGCUCCAGCGGAGUUGGAAUUCGCGAACGAUGUUCGGCGUGCCAUCGUGAAAGGGUACUUCACAAAGGUGGCGCUCUCUCUUCCAACAAAGCACCAGUUUAUGACACUCAAAGACGAUGUGAAGUGCCUUCUUUUUCCAUCGACAUACCUGAACCGCCGCCCCAAAUUUGUAGUGUUUAACGAGCUAGUCCUCACUAGUAACACGUACAUAAGAACGGUAACAGCUGUCUCCGAAGACUGGCUGCUCGAGUCGAGUCCUUCGUACUUCGCCCAGGAUGAGUUUGAAGGAGUUACAAAGCAGGUUUUUGAUGACAUUUUCCGGAGGGCAAACAAGGAAAAAGAGCGUCGUUCGAAGCGAACACGGUCACCCACUGGUGAUGACUAG